AUGAAUGGUACUGUAUUGAGCUUUGAAAGUGCCGAUAAGAAUCAUCUUGUGACGACUUUUGCUGAUGACUUGAUAAAAAACUUCAAAGGAUAUGAAUGGAGUCAGAAUGGACCUUUGUUGAUUACACGAGUAGCUCAAGAUCUUUGCAACACCAAAAACACCAAUGAAAUGGUUGCUAAGGAAGAUUGUAAAGGUUUCCAUGUUCUACCUCAAAAUUUUUGCUAUCCUGUGACAUUCAGCGAUUAUAACCAAUUAAUGAAUGACUCAAUGGCUGAUUCUAUCAUGAAAAUAGUCGAACAGUCUCUUACGGUGCACUUUUGGAAUGCAAAGACUAAAAGAAUCAAACUGAAAAAGACUCAAAAAGCUGCUUACAUUCAAUUAGCCAAACAAUUCUGUCCAAAAGUAAUGACAAUAGAUUCUGAAUAUUUCUGA